AACUCACUUGAUUUCUUGCAUCGAGCUCUUUCAUUCUUUUGUAUUUCUUCCUUUCCUCCUCAUUGUCCUUCUCCUAAUGGAUGAGACCAUGUCGUCUGCUCCCCACCUUUCAAGUCAAGCCUAUUUUUAGCCCCUUGUGUGCUUGGCAGAGGAAAGCGUGAAAGUGGGGACUGUGUGUUUGCAGAUUCUGGCAGUGACGGAAUGAAAGGAGACUGAAGAGGUGCUGUGGUUUUAAUGUUACAGAGGUGACAGAGAAUCGAGACUGAACAUGAUAUAAAUAGAAACGGGUAUGUUCGUAUUAAGAAGACGCAAAUGUUUUGUAUUUUUUAUGGCCAAUUCAUCAAAUUCAGACUGGCACAAAUCAUGCCACAGAAACAUUGUUGCCUAGGUGUUCAUCAACCUAAACUGCAAACACUAAAAUUGAUAUUAUAUAAAGUAUAACAUCAUAAAUAGUUCUAGUAAAAAGUGCUUGUAGUUGGGCUUUUUUCUGUGACUUUGUGAAAAUGGCUGUUUUCUGACCUGCAGUUUUUUUUUUUGCAUGUGUCCGCAUAGGCGGGAGAAAGGGAGUGUGCGUGGGAGGGAUGUUGUGUUGGAAUUGAGAUGGGAAUAAAAGGAAAAGGAAGGAUAGAGCAAGUAAUUUUAGUUUUACAUUAGACAGACUGCGUCCUUGAGGGAGCCUAAAAAUCUGAAGGUAAUGCAAUUUUGUGUUUGUGAGAGAUUAAUAGGUGGGUAUAUGCGGAAUGAAGGACUUUAUGGAUUGACAAGGGAAGGGGAUGCCUCUCUGUGCUCGUGCUCCGACAUCUGCUUACUGGCUAGAGCCAAGGGUGGGAGGAGUUUGUGUGCUCCUGCUGCAGCGGAGAGAGGGAGGGAGAGAGGCAAGGAAGGAGCGAGGGUGCAUCAGUGCCACAGAGCGAGAGAGGCUGCUUUCUGCAUCACACCAUUCUAUUUCUCAUUUACAUUCCAGAUGCUGGCUCCUCUUUGGAGAGCCCCUUCUGCAUAUGAAAUGCCAGUCACCACUUGCUGUUCCUUUAUCCUUGAUCACACAGACUUCCUCCACAUUGAUGUGAGGGAGCCGGGAGCCCGGCACGUGCUGAAGAGAUUCCCCACUCUUCAUUUGACUGACAAAUGAAGUUGCAGAGAAGACUGUGGAUUGCAUUCUUUUGGGAUUUGUAGGAAAGAAACAGUUUGUGAGUUAUCUUCUGUGCCUAUUUUUGUGUGUGAUUCUUUGGACAAAUAACUGUUUGCGAGCAACUGGGACAUCUGUGAUCGGAGUGGCAAGGAUUUUGGCUUCCUGUGGGUUUUUAAAAAAAAUAAAAAAUUCUGAACGUCCUGUGCCGGCAGCUGCCCGUCCUGCUGAAGCGCAGUUGUGCUGCUCCCAUUAAGGUGGGAGACUGAUAAGAGAGGGGGUACUGUUUGGAUUUUACAUGGAAUUGAAGUAACGGUCACCACCUUCCCCCUAAAGCAGUGUUUUACUCAUUAAGUGACUCUCCCUGGAAUACUGUAGCUGCUUGUGUGUAUUUUAGUGAAAGGAUUGCUGUGGGCACAGAAGACUAGUCGCCCAUUGCUGCUGAUAUGGAAGGCACCUGGCAUGGACACCUCCCCCAUAUCUAACAGGGACAGUCAUACUCUGGGAAGCCUUUGCUGAGCUAGGCCCCCAAGGAACUAGCACCCUAAUUGUGCGCCCAAGCGCACCCUGAACAAGAUGAAUGCAACUGAGCUGAACUAUACCACAGAACCCUUCUGCCUGCUGGACAUUGGCUACUCCCAGAUUUUUAACACCUGUCUACUUGAAGUUGCUGUUAUUCUUUUCUUGACAGUGCUCAUCAUCUCUGGAAACCUGGUGGUUAUCUUUGUGUUCCAUUGUGCCCCGUUACUCAGUCACCAUACCACUAGCUCCUUUAUACAGACCAUGGCAUAUGCAGACUUACUGGUUGGGGUUAGCUGUCUUAUCCCCUCCCUUUCCCUCCUGCACCAUCUGGAGGGUUUGAAUGAGAGACUCACCUGCAUGGUUUUUAGCUACAUGGUCUCUGUGUUGAAGAGUGUCUCCAUGGCCUCUUUGGCAUGCGUUAGUAUUGACCGCUAUGUUGCCAUCACACGACCUCUCUCCUAUACAGCUCUUGUCACACCCUGCCGUCUUCGCACUUGCAUUAUUCUUAUUUGGCUGUACUCAUCACUCAUCUUUUUGCCCUCUUUUUUUGGUUGGGGCAAGCCAGGAUACCAUGGAGAUGUAUUUAAAUGGUGCUCUUCCUGGGACACCCAACCUAUUUUUACUGCAUUUAUUGUUGCGGCCCUCUAUGCACCAGCAGCUUUUACAGUUUGUUUUACCUAUGCCCAUAUCUUUCGAAUUUGUCGGCAACACACUCGGCAGAUCAGUGAGCGGAGAGCUCGCUUUGGCCCACAGGAUCCUGAGCCAGGCGAGCAAGCCUGCACUGACAAACGUUAUGCCACUGUGCUCUUCCGUAUCACCAGUGUGUUCUACAUCCUCUGGUUACCCUACAUCAUUUACUUUUUACUGGAGAGCGCAGGGAUAUACCACCAUGCCAUUGCCUCAUUCCUGACCACAUGGCUGGCCAUAAGCAAUAGUUUUUGCAACUGUCUCAUCUACAGCCUGUCGAACAGCGCCUUUCGGAAAGGCCUCAAACGACUCUGCCUUCUUUGCUUGCAACGUACUGACAACAAGAAACCCCUAGGAGAGCCACCAGCCCCUUUACAACCUGCUUGCCAUGUGUAAAAUCAUUUUUGGCAUAAUACUGAGCUUGAUAUUUUUGACAAGGAUCUUGUCUGGUUAGAAGCAAAUACUGGAAAAAUAGUUCAGUAUCUGUGCACGUCCUGGGUUUGAUAGAGGCACAAUGACAACGGUUUGUUUGUCUGGUUCUAUAGUUGCAGGAUUACCCAGCAGGAAAAAAAUGGAUGCUUGGUCAUUAGAUAUUAAGUAGACAGCUUUAUGAGGGUGGUGUUUGCUGUUCUCGUUGGCAUUUGUGGAUAUGCCAUUCGCAGCAGUUUUUGCUACAUUGAUACAUUAAGCAAUGAGGAUAGGAUGAAAUCUCAUUCUUUCAGACUGGAUUGUCAUUGCAAAAGUCAUAGAUUGCAAUCAUUACAUUGGUCGCAUAAAGCAAAAACUGAAAUAUGCCGUCUGCUCCUCAACUGUCAUCUUAAAGAGGACAAGCUCUUUCAGUAACUUCAGCUAGCUGAUCUUGUAGACUUUGUGGAAAUCUGAUCGGCCUUUGGUGAGUGUCGGCUUAUAGUACUACUUAUGUGGUCAAAACAGUGAGAACAAGUCGUCUGUAUUUCUCCUGUUUACUGGCUCACAUUUGUUUUGAUGUAGGAACAACAACAAAAAAGGUCUCUUAGACUAAUUAAAAAACUCUAAAUAUUAUAGAUAAGACAAUCUUUUAAAAUUACAUUUUUGGCAUAUAAUUACAACAAUUAAAACCGUUUGUAAUAGUGGAUACCUGGGACACAUGACCUAUGUUUUUUUAGUUAUAUCUAAUUCUUGCCUCAAAUUUUCAAAGAAUAAUUUAUGAAGUCUAGGAAUCAAUGAUAAAUCUUGACCUUCAGCAAUCACAAUUGGAAUUUUUAGCAAAAUCCCCUUUUCCAAAGAGUGGUGAUUCUCUCUAGCCCUAAAGUUACACCACAAUUUUGUAGUCUUCCCAUUUUUCUGCUUAUUUAAAGCAAUGAAGGAAUUACAUAACUGUGCCUCUAGUCAGAGGACAUCAUCCUCAAAAAAUGCAGAUAUACAACUGCAAACAGACUGGCUAUUUUGCCUGACUCCUUUUUAACCUUUGAUCACACUGGAGACGAACUUCCUUGCUGAAAUGCAUCAACUCUUUAUUACAUAUUCCAACUGUCCUGCAAGUCGUUCUGAAAAAUCUGUUCAACAUCUUGGGGAAUUUGGUCGGAUUCAACUUGGAAUUUGGUUUGAUUGGACAUAUGGACUCUCGGAUUUGCCCUAUGCCCUGAAGUGUCAACCCUGUGUAACUCUUGCCUUGCUUGGCUUGUUUCCACAAGUUACAGUGUGUUUUAGUGGUUGGGAUGAAUAGUUAAGAAGAAUGUGGAACAUCUGUUCUAACAUAUUGUUCAAACGCACAAUGACACUGAAAAUAUUAAAUAAUGCAAUUAAGCACAAUACUGCAACACAUGACCAUAACAGAUGUUAAUUCUGUCAACGGACACUUAAGAUGAACAAUGCUGCAGUGGUAAAGUUUGCUGAUGUGGGCAGGAACUAAAAAGAUUGAACUCCAGGUGCAUUAGGACAUUUCAUGUGCAAAAAUUGUAAGUCAAAGGAAAAUCUACUGAAUAAUAAUAUCAGAGGUCAGAUUUAUAUGGAAAAUUUUCCACAUUGGGAUCUUUCUGCGCUGUACUAUUUAUCUUAAUGAAACAUUUAAGAAGCCUCUUACACAGAUUCUGUACAUAAUUCAUAUGUGGAGAUGCCAAGAAAAUUGUUAUUUGUGGUUUUUAUUUUCAUGCUGUGACUGAUUAUAAAUACACUCAUUUGGAUGGUACUGUUAAUGGUUUCUUAUGCAGAUAGCUUUGUCCUUAUAGUUGACCAAAGUAACAAUAUUUAUUGGUGUACUCUGAUUGAGUUAUUUUUUUAAAUAUUAGGUGUAUAUAUACAGGAGCUACAAAAUGUUUGAAGAUUGAAAAUACUUGUUGAAUGGAUUGCUUCUUUGUAGUAGGACGUUUAUUCUAUAACAGAAAAACAGUCUGCAUUCCUCUUUAUAUUUAAUGAAAGGAUAUUUAUGACCUUUACCUUCUCUUAAAUUGUUUUAAGAGAAUGUUUUCCAUCAGAGUGGGUUAUAUAUAAUGGCAUAUUCCCAAAUUCUUCUUUUUGUAUCACGCCAUUCUCUAAUUUGAUCACAAAUACAGUACUUUGACUGUCAGAUCUAGUUGUAUGCUAUGUCACUUUGAUUAAUGAAUGAAUUGCCUAUAGACUUGCUUUGAUAAUUGUAAUACUGUGAUGUGAAGAAGUGUCUUAUGACUUCAAAAGUCUCUCUUCGAGUGUAUGGUCAAGCUUUUGAUAGAUGAUGUGUAAAGUCUAAAAACUGCCGUAUCAUGGCAGGUUGCUGUGCAAUACUUCCACUCACUAGAGAGAGCUGGAUAGUGAUAGAAAACAUAUCGCACACAAUAGAAAAAGGGCUUGUAUUUUCUUUCCCCAAGUGUCCCGACUUGCUUGUUCAAAUGUACAUCUUGAUCUUGUUGCCUCUGACCAUAGGCUGUUUUUAAACCAGAGCUGAAAGAAUUUGCGUAUCUCAGUUUAGCCAUUAAACCGUCCAUCGCUUUAUUGAUCGCACAUGACCAUGUUUGUGCGCACACAUGCAUGGAUGUGUAUGUGCUUUAAACAGAACAAAGGCCCAUGUCUAUUCCAAGAACUUGUUUUUAGCAUUCGUCUUGAUUGCUAUUUAGACUUUAUAAUGCCCCUGGAGCUCUGGAUUUCUUCCUCCUCAUUGUAAGAAACAGUCCUCGUAUUUACAUGAGGGAAUUAAAUUAAACGGUGUAUUUAAUGGUCAUGCUUGAAAAGCUGCUUCCAAAACAUCCGUUUUUAGAUUGGUUGAGUUUUGAGAAACCAUCCAUUUGUUACUUUCAUUAAGACUGAUUCUGAGGUCUUACUCAUCGGUCAACAAAAAAUUUAUUGAAUUUGUAGAUGGGAUAAUUCCUAUGAAAAUCUGAAUCUCGAAGCAUGAGUAUCUGCUUAUUUUCAGAUGUUGUUUCUAUAAACUUGUUUCUGUCUGAAGGAUAUUGUAAGUUGGUUUUAUGUACAUUGUAUGUUUUGAAAUAAGAAUGGAUUUUGAGGCUCUAACACUGCCCAAACUGGUGUCGGCAUUGCAUGCUGUGCUUCAUAGGCAAUGGUACUUUUGUCGUGAGUAAAAGUUUGUCAAGUUUGUCAUGCGUAAAAGCUGAAAGAUUUUGACCUUUGGGACAUUUUAAUGCCAGAAGGCUUAUUUGUGUGUUUUUUUGAUGCCAAAGUCUGCUUUUUUCUUUCCUGUGGGAAAACUGCUCUGUUCCUGAAAUCAAAGUCAAGGGCUAGCGCUCUCAAGGGAGAGAAUCUCCCAAGAUGACUUGCUCUCCGCUGUGCCAUAUUAGGACGCAGGACCCAACCGGCCCCUGCCAUCGCAGAAAAUGGAGGGCUGAGCUGGAACAGCGUGCGUUUUCUCCCUGUGGAACACACUGCUGCGCGCACAAACAGACACACGCAGUCUAUUCCGAAAGCUUGUCUUGAUUUAAUUUAUUUGUGUCUUUUUAACAAUUUGUUCAAUUGCUGAGCCAGGCUUCUUAAUGAAUUGCUCAUGAUCUUGCCCUUCUAAGUGGGUCAGAUUUUUAUUUGAUUAACUAAAGAAUUUUUUGUUUCACCUUUCACCUUAAAGCAUUCCAAAUCAUAUUUCAUUUCUUAUCGUUUCUGAACACUUUUCACUUGAGGAUAUGAAAGCACUGCAGAGUCAACAUUUGGACCGACUUGAUCAGCUUGUCAUUGUUUCUUCAGCAUAUCAACAUCGUCUGGUGUGUGUAUGGCUGUAGCUGAGGUACUGAUGUAGCGUACCGCAAAUUUUGUAAUGAUGUCAUGUUUUAGAAAAUAAUUAUCAAUAAUAUAUUUAUAUUCUGGUAUAUCUGCACUGAGGAAAUAAAUGUGAUCUUAUCUGAUUACUG